AUGGAAAGAGAUGAAUUAAAGAAAGGACAUAAAGUUGUACUGUGUGAAGAGAAUAAUGACGGAAUGAAAAAGAGCGAUGAGUAUUUUUCCUACAUAGAUGAGAACAAUAUAAAUGACUACAUAAAUGAUGAGAAUGGGAACCAUGAUGAUAAUAAAUAUAUCCAUAGUGAUGAUAAUAAAUAUAUCCAUAGUGAUGAUAAUAAAUAUAUUCAUAGUGAUGAUAAUAAUCAUGUUAAUAAUUGUUCCCAUUUUAGUUAUGUAAAAGAUAUGUUAGAGUGUGAUGAAGAAAAAAAAGAUGUUGGUUUUAUGAUAAGCGAUAAAGAGAGAUAUGAAUUUUUAAAAUAUGCAGAUUAUUUUUUUCAUGAAUAUAAAGAUAAUGUACAUAUAUAUCGUGAAAUAAAGUUUGUAUUAAAAACGAAUAAUCCAUCUUUAUUAUGUUUAUUAAAAAAUAUAUGUUUAUUAGGACAUAUAAUAUAUUUUUAUGAAGACUUAUAUGAACAGAAAUUAUUAACAUCAAAAGAUAUAAAUAAUAUAGAAAAUAUAUUAUAUAAAAAUGAAGAUACUGUUUCUAAUAAUUAUACCAUUAUUUAUAAUUGUUUCCUUUUUUUAUUAGAAAUAAUUAAAUUAAGUAUACAUACAGGUGUUCAGAAAUUUGCUUAUUAUCAAAUGAUUAGAAAUAAAAAAUUGAUUCAAACAAUAUCUUAUAAUAAUUUUAAUUAUAAUCCAAAUAAAAUAAAAAACAAAGAACAUUUUUUUAUAAAAAAAGAUAAUGAAGCAUUAUUUAUAAAAGAUAUGAUAACUUUACAUAUUGUUAAUAUGUUAAAUCAAACUCAUAAACAUAUUCGUCUAUAUGCCUUAAAAUUAUCUAUACUAUUUAUAUCACAUAUUAGUAAAUCUAAUCAUAUAAUUAAUCACAUUAUGAAUAUUAUUUUUCAACAAAUUAAUUUUGAGGAAUAUAUUCAUGCUUUAGUACUUUUCCUAAAAUUAGUACCAUAUCUAAGCCAUGAUGUUUUAUAUCAUAUUAUCAAAAAGCUGUAUAAAUCUUUAAUAAAAAAAAAAGAUGAAUGUUCAAACGUACAUUCCUUAUUUAUGCACAUAAAAAAGGGAGGCAUGGAAAAUGAAAACCCUCAAAAAAAUAUCCACCAUGAAAAGGUAUCCCCAUAUAAGGUGGAGAAUCACAAUGUUGAUGGGGAAAAAGGUAUACAGGUUGGUUUACAAAAAGAAGAUGAUGGGAAUAAAGAAGAAAAAAAUGAAAAACAUAUAAGCGAUAAAAAUGAAGAAUAUAUAUCUGCACAAGAAACAAAGAAUCCAAAGGAGGAGAAUAUAUCACAUAUGUAUAACUAUUUAGAUAUAUUUAAAGAUUUAAAAUGUUAUAAUAAUAAUAAUUAUUAUGAAGAUAUGUAUUUUUCAAAAAAAAAUAAAAAGAAUACAUAUAUAAACAAAAUGAUAUAUAUAAUAAAUGAUCAUUUUUCUUUUACAAAAUGUUUAUAUUUUGCAAUGAUAGGAAGUAAAUUGAAUGAAUUAUAUCCAUAUGUUUCUUAUUAUUUAUUUAAAAAACUUUGGAAUAUUAUAAAUAAAAUUUUUUAUAUACCAUAUAAUCAAUGUGACGAAAAUAAAAUUGUACAUUUGUUGGAUGUCCUUUUUUAUAAUACUACAUUAUUAAGUUUUACAAAUAUAUUUUUAUUAAAUUUACAAAUUAUUAUAUUAAAAUUUUUAUUAAACAUAUCACAGACAUAUAUAAUGAAGAAAAGAUAUAUAACCUUUUAUUCAAUAAGGGCCUUAUUAUAUUUAAUAAAAAAAAAAAAAUUAUUUAUUUGUAUGGAUUAUUAUAUAUAUCAAGACAAAAUUAUGAGUAAUCAAGCGUAUCCUUUUAAUUGUAUGAACCAUUUUUUGUAUAUGUCUACCUUUCAAUAUUCUGAUAUAUUACAUAUAUUAAGCGUUAUAUUGUUUAAUAAUAAUAAUAAUAACAUAAAUGAUUGUAAUGAUAACAACAUAAAUGAUUGUAAUGAUAACAACAUAAAUGAUUGUAAUGAUAACAACAUAAAUGAUUGUAAUGAUAACAACAUAAAUUAUUGUAAUGAUAACAACAUAAAUGAUUGUAAUGAUAACAACAUAAAUGAUUGUAAUGAUAACAACAUAAAUGAUUGUAAUGAUAACAACAUAAAUUAUUGUAAUGAUAACAACAUAAAUGAUUGUAAUGAUAACAACAUAAAUUAUUGUAAUGAUAACAACAUAAAUGAUUGUAAUGAUAACAACAUAAAUGAUUGUAAUGAUAACAACAUAAAUUAUUGUAAUGAUAAUAAUAAUAAUUAUUAUUAUUAUUAUAAUUGUAAUACACUUUCCAUAUAUUUCUUUAUCAAAUUAAUUUAUAAAUUUUUUAAAGUUAUACAAAGGGGAACGGCACCUAAUAUUUUUAAUAUACAUAAUAAUAAUAUAUACAGAAAGAAAAUAAAAAAUGUUCUCAACAUAAAAAAAAACAAACACAAAUAUAAUAUAAUGAAUCAUAAAGUUUUUAAAGACACAAACAAAAAUAUGCACAAGCAUUCUUAUACGAAUUUUAAUUUUUCUUACUUUGAUUUGAACAUAAAUAAAUUCUUAACAUUAUUUAAAAAUGUACAGGAUGAAUGUAUUCAAAAGAAGGACAGCUCCAAAGUUAAACAUAUCAAAAAAAAAAAAGUUGAUGAUAUAAAGGAUGAAACAUUAAAGGAAUUCAUAAAAAAUGAUAAUAAGGAUGAUAUUAAUAAAAAAGAUCUUAUUAUUAAUAAUAAUAAAAAUCAACCAUUUUAUAAUCAAAAUGAACAUGAAGAAACAGGGAAAUUCAACUUUCUUAUAACAAUCGAUGAUGCUAAUAAUACAACAAACAAACAAAAACAUGCUGAUAUUUUUUUCCACAAUUUUAUUUGUACAGCAAAAAAUAAACACACAAACAAUAAUAUAAAUAUUAAAAAUUUAAACAUAACACUCGAUAUUAUUAGGAAAAAAAAAACCAAAAGGAAAAAGAAAAAGAAAAAAAAUAAGAAAAAAAAUAAGACCAAUAAAAUUAAAAAAAAAUAUAUAUAUAAAAUAAAAUAUUGCAAUCCAUACAAAAAUAAAAAUAAUAGUAUUAUACAUAAAUUAAUAAGUAAAAUGGAAAAAAGAGAACAAACAAAAAAAAAAAAUAAAAAAAAAUAUCAUACAAAUCAAAAGAAUAUAGGAAAAACAAAAAAAAAUAAAUCAAGUAAAAAAAUAAGGAACCAACAUGAUGAAAAAAAAAUCAAUCAAAUUAUUAAUCAUAAUAUAGAUGAUCAUAAUGGUUAUCAAGAUAUAGAUGAUCAUAAUGGUUAUCAAGAUAUAGAUGAUCAUAAUGGUUAUCAAGGUAUAGAUGAUCAUAAUGGUUAUCAAAAUGUAGAUGAUCAUAAUGGUUAUCAAGAUAUAGAUGAUCAUAAUGGUUAUCAAGGUAUAGAUGAUCAUAAUGGUUAUCAAAAUGUAGAUGAUCAUAAUGGUUAUCAAGAUAUAGAUGAUCAUAAUGGUUAUCAAGAUAUAGAUGAUCAUAAUGGUUAUCAAGAUAUAGAUGAUCAUAAUGAUUAUCAAGAUAUAGAUGAUCAUAAUAAUUAUCAAGAUACAGAUGAUCAUAAUAAUUAUAACAAUAUAACUAGUAGUUAUACUACUUCUUCUAGUAGUUGUAUUUAUAGUAGUAGUAGUAAUUUAUAUAAUGAACAGGAUUAUGAUGAAGAAAAUGAAAAAGAAAAAGAAAUGGAAUCAACCAAUUUUAUAAAAGAUACACAACAAAAUUGUAUUAUUAGUAAUAAUAAUAGUUAUGAUAAUAAUAGUUUUAAUAGUGAUGCCUUACAUAAUGAAAUCAAUACAUUUUCGCAUUCUUCAGAUAUAAAUAAAAAUAUAAUGUCUAAUAUAAAUGUUGGAAGUGAUGAAAUAAGCGAAAUUAGCUUUUCCAAAAAUUCAAUUUUUAAUGAAGAUACAAAUAAUUUUUUGUUCAUAAAUAAUGAUAAACAAAAUAAAUGCACAAAUAAAAGUACAGACAAAAAUACAAAUAAAAGUACAAAUAAAAGUACAAACAAAAAUACAAAUAAAAGCACAAAUAAAAUAUAUAACACACAUUAUAUAUCUUAUGCUUUUCAUUUUUUAAAACAAAAUAAAAUAAACCUAGGCAACCUAAUAGAUGAACAUAAAUUAUAUUAUCAUAACUAUAAUGAAAACAAUCUAUUUACACAUUUUAAAAAUGAAUUCUUUAAAAAAGGAAAAGAAAAAAAUUCUGACAUACCAAAUAUCAUUGUCUUAAAACAAAUCAUGUUUAUAAAAAUCCUUUUCUUUCUUUAUAAACAUAACAACUUAUUAAUUAUCAAACUAUAUAUUCUUAAAACGUUAUCUAUUUUAUCAAAACAUUUAAUUUUUGAAGAAGAUAUAGAAAACUUUAUAAGAAUAUUCAAUUAUUUUGUUACACAUUUUUUAAAACAAAAUGAUUUUACUAAUACACAGACAUCAACAUUAUUAAAACAUGAUAACAACAAUAAUGUACAUACUCAUUCUACUGAACUAUUAAAGAAGCAAAAAUAUACAAAUCAUAUAUUCCAAAAUAUAUACAAACAAAAUGAAAAGGAAACAUUAUAUAGUAAUAACUCAUAUAAUUCGGAUCAUACAUCUUAUUUAGGAAGUGUAAUUAUGUCAUCAGAUUCUUCUACACAAGAACAAAAAAAAAAUAAAACAAAUAAAAAAAAUUAUCUUAACAAUUUUGUAAAUUAUUUAUUAAAUAAAAAUCAUAUGCUCAUAUUAGAAGAAACAAAUAGCUCAUUUUAUAAUAAAAAUGUAUUAAAAAAUUUUAUACGUAUAUAUAUAACAGAUAUUAUACAUAAAUUAUUGAAAUAUAAAAACCAAAUAAUAUUGAAUUCCAUACUUUAUAUUUUUACAAGUAAUCAAAUUAUACCAUUCUUUAAUUUGUUCCAUAUUUUUAAUAAAGAAGGUAUUGAACAAAUAUUGAAAGAACCCUUCUUUUAUUUAACAGUAGAAAAAAAAUAUAUAAACGAAAAGGAAAAGGAAAGGGAAAAAGCAAACCAAGAUGAACAUAUAAAUAUUAAUCAUACCAAUAAUAAUCUUUUUGAAAUAACAAAAGGAGACCAUAAAAAUGAAGACAAAAAAAGUAUUAAUAAAUAUCCCAUUUCUUAUCAUCAUUCUUAUCUUAAUAUUUUAAACAAACACUUUUUUCAAUCAUUCCAAUUCGAUAAUAUUAGUUUUAAUAAUGUUAAAGCACUUUUUUAUUUCUCCUUUUUUAAUUUUAUUAAUCAUAAAGAUUCUAUGAUUAUAUUUAGAAAAAAAACUCUCACAUUCUUAAAUAUUCUAAAUGAUAUAUAUUUUUUUAAAACCAACAAAUACGUCUUUUAUCGUGAAAAAUAUAGGGAAAAAUUAUUUUGUGUAGACAAAACUAAUGAUUUUGCAUGUACAAGUCAGGCAAAUAACUUAACACAUGCAGGAAAAAUGAACGAAUUAUUAUGUACAAGUCAGGUAAAUAAAAAGUUGCAAUAUAAUGAAAGAGUUGGUGUAUUAUCAUAUAAUGAGCGGAUUAAUUUGAAGAUUGAGAGUAUGAAUGGACAUAAAUAUAUUAAUAUUGAGGAUGAUAGUAUAGAUAAAAAAAAGAAGAUAGACAUAAAAUAUGAUAUAAAAAAUAAUGAUAUAAAAAAUAAUGAUAUAAAAAAUAAUGAUAUAAAAAAUAAUGAUAUCAAAAGUGAUGAUAUCAAAAGUGAUGAUAUCAAAAGUGAUGAUAUCAAAAGUGAUGAUAUCAAAAGUGAUGAUAUCAAAAGUGAUGAUAUCAAAAGUGAUGAUAACAAAAGUGAUGAUAUCAAAAGUGAUGAUAUCAAAAGUAAUGAUGUGAAUAAUAGUGAGAACUCAAAUAAAUUUUCUGAUGACGAUGAUUAUUACUCAAGUUCUUCAUGUAGUGUGUCGAUAUCUUGUGUAUCUUACAAAUCUGUUGAUGAUGGUAGUACUGUUCAUUAUGUAUCAGAUGAUGAUAAAGAAUCUGUUGAUGAUGACUUUUCAAUUUCUUCGAUAUCGAAUAAAUCUUUUAAACAUAGGAUAAUAAAAUCAUAUGACAAUUUAUAUAAUGAAGAUAUGAGUACAAAUGAAAAUAUACAAAUGACUUGUGAUAUACAUGAAUGUUCUUAUAUAUAUAUGUAUAAAAUUGGUUUGUAUUGUAUAAUUUCAGGGUAUUAUAAUUAUGGAUAUAAAAUAUUUACAAAAUUAUAUAUGAUGGUUAAUAAUAGAGAUAUAAAAUUAUGGUUAGAAUGUUUAUUAAAUUAUUGUAAAUUUUAUUAUUUAAAAAAAAACCAACAAAAACAAAGUACAUAUUUAUAUGUAAGAAAAAAAAGUGAUAAAAAUAAUAUGUAUUAUAUAAAAAAUAAUAGAGACGAAUUUUAUCAUAAUCAUAAUGAUUUUGUUAAUCACUGUAAUUAUAACAUUGGUUAUAUCAAUCCAUCAAAAUGUUUAGAAAAGGCUCAAGAAUGUAUUAAACAAAUAAUAAGUUAUAAAGAAAAUUUUUUUCAUGUGUUCUUAUUUUUACAAAUAAAAAAAAAUAUAUAUCAAGCUAUAGAAAAUUUAAUAAUUUUAAUAAAUGAUAUAAAAUAUGAAAUAAAUUAUACUGUGAAAUAUUUUACGUAUAAUAUUGAAGAAUAUAUAAAUUUUUUAAAAAGUAUUUUCGUAUACAUAUUAUUACUAUCGAAUUUUAAAUAUGAAUUUUCACGCUUAUCUAAAAGAAUAUUAUAUAUAUAUAUGGUAUUGAUUAAAACAUUAUUUGUUAUAUGUAUUUUUAUGAAGAAUAAAAUUAUCCCCUACUUAUUUUUGAAUUCUUCCUUUUUGUUAAAUACGCUGAUGGAUGAUAAUUAUACAAGUGGUGAUCAACAAAAUGAAAGUACCAGCGAAGAUGAUGAUGAUGGAAAUACAAAUAAGAGUACAUGCAAAUAUAAUAAUGUAUAUCAUAAAGAUCACUAUAACGAAUACAUUUAUAACCAGGAUGGUAAUAUUAUAAAUUUAAAAAAAAAGAAUACAAAAUUUAACUUAUUCAUAUGGGGAGAUGAUUAUACAGGAUAUAAUUUUACCAGAUUAUAUUUGGAAAGAAAAAAAGAAAGGAUAAUACGAAAGAAAUUUUUUUCAAAAGAAUUGAAAGAUGUUGAUGGAAAAUCGUUUCAAGAAAUUUUUGAAUAUAUAAUAAAUUUGUGGAAAGUAUCAGGACAACAUUUUUUCUUUUAUGAUCAUAUACACAACUUAAAUGAAAUGUAUUAUAAUUUAUUUAAAGAUAAUAUAAUAAAUAAAAAAAAAAUCCUCAAUUUUUUAAAAAUCUAUCUUUUAAUUCUAAACAAAAUUAAUUAUCCGACUCCUCCUCGUUUCUUAUCAUCUCGUGCUUUCCCAUGUGUAGUUAGUCGGGCAUACAUAUACAAAUCGAACUUUGGAAAAAUGGAGUAUGAAGUGGAGUCCGUUAAAUGCAUAGGUCACUUGGAAAAUGCCCAAGCACAUGUAAUAAAACAGUUUUACUAUUGUAAUAUUAAAUUAGUUUUGAGAAAUAAAAUUAUAAGAAAUAUAAAUGUAAAAGCUAAAGGAGUUUCUGUAUUAUAUACGUUCCAUAUACAAAUAGAAAACGAAGAUUUAAAGAACUUUUAUAUCUUCAUGAUACCACUGGAUAAAGAUAAACAAAUAUUGGGCCAAGCCAAGCCAACUGAUUUUUUUAUUAAAUAUGUAUAA